CCUUUGUUGAAUCAAUCUCUCUCUCAAAUUCCAAAAAAGCAUCUGACAAAUACAAUAGGAAAUCUUAAAAAUCUCCCCCACCCAAUUUAUUUCACGCAGACGAAGCCAUUAUUAUUACUCACUAAAAUUGAAAAUGAGUGACACCAACACUCUUACUUUUUCUUCUUCAAAUUCAAUUAUAAUUAUUAUUUAUGGUUGUUGCUUUUGGUGUUGUUCCCCAAAUCUCACCUCACCUCGCAAUCAAUCACAGCCGCUUCUUCGAUUCUCGAUAGCUUUGGUUUCUAGGGUUUAUGCUUUGGUUGAGGUGAGGCCAUGGAGACUGGAUCGGAGGGAGAGAAUACGAGAGCUCAGGCUCAGGCUCAGGAAGGUGAGAUCAGAACCAAGCGCAAAAUGAAGACUCGUUCGCAGUUGGAAGUUCUUGAGCAAGCUUAUGCAGCUGAGCAAUACCCGUCGGAGUCGGUGAGAGCUGAGCUGUCGGCGAAAUUGGAUCUUUCCGAUCGGCAACUACAGAUGUGGUUUUGCCACCGGCGAUUGAAGGACCGUAAGCCGACGCCGACCACCGGGAAGCGGCAGAGGAAGGACUCUCCGGCUGGAACGACUGGAGUGGUUUCUGAGGAAAUGGCGGGGAGUGAGCCGCCGCCGCCGCCGCAGCAGUUGAUAAUAGAGGCUCGAGCUGUUGCUUUUGUGGAGGCGCAGCUGGGGGAGCCAUUCAGGGAGGACGGGCCGAUACUGGGCUUGGAGUUUGAUCCGUUGCCACCGGGCGCAUUUGGUUCCUCCGUAGGAGUGGCAACUGUUGGGCAGCAGAAGCAAUCUGGAUGGCCAUAUUCUGCAAAUAUAUAUGAGCAGUCUAAUGCUAAACCGAUUAAGGGUGCUUCAAGGACUGUCCAUGAAUACCAGUUUCUUCCAGAAAAGCCAACUGUUAGGACAGACACUUAUGAAAGGGCUGCUCCAUCUCACCACUAUGGUUCACCCACUGAAUCUCGCCAUGCAAGGAUUCCAUUAUCUACUGUGUCCUCGUUCAUUCAUGGUAAUGAACAAGUACCCACUGUAUAUGGAUUUCAAAGCCAGAUGGCUGGACUAAAUCUUUUGUCACAGCAAGGCAGGGCUGGUCACCUCUUGCCAUCUGCUUCAGAAGAAUAUGGCAAUGUUCAUGGAAAGAACUUCACGAAUAUUACCAUGGAUGCUCAUUUUAGUGCUCACCCAAUUAAUCAACUGAACAAUCCUUUUAUACCAUUUGCCAGAAGGGUGGCUCAUGACGAGGAUGAUGUUUUAAGAUUGGAAAGGAAGCACAAGAGUGAAGAAGCAAGAAUAAUGCGGGAAGUUGAAGCCCAUGAGAAAAGGAUACGUAAAGAGCUUGAAAAACAAGAUAUCCUGAGACAAAAGAGAGAAGAGCAGAUGAGGAAAGAAAUGGAGAGGAUUGAUCGGGAGAGGAGGAAGGAAGAAGAAAGGCUAUUGCGUGAAAAGCAGAGAGAGGAGGAGAGAUACCUAAGGGAGCAAAGGCGUGAACUGGAGCGAAAGGAGAAAUUCUUACAGAAGGAGUCAAUAAGAGCUGAGAAAAUGAGACAAAAAGAAGAAUUACGCAGAGAGAAAGAGGCAGCAAGGCUUAAAGCUGCUAAUGAGAGAGCUAUUGCUCGUAAAAAUGCUAAAGAAUCAAUGGAACUCAUUGAGGAUGAAUGCCUGGAACUCAUGGAGUUAGCUGCAUCAAGCAAGGAACUUCCUUCCAUGUUGUCUCUUGAUUAUGAAACCUUGCAAAAUCUUGAAUCAUUUAGAGAUAUGCGGAGUACAUUCCCACCCAAAUCUGUGCAGUUGAAAAAACCUUUUGGUAUUCAACCUUGGAUAGAUUCAGAGGAGAACAUUGGCAAUCUUCUUAUGGCAUGGAGAUUCUUAAUUACUUUUGUGGAUGUUCUUGGGCUUUGGCCAUUUACUCUCGAUGAAUUCGUUCAAGCUUUUCAUGACUAUGAUUCUAGGUUGUUGGGUGAGAUACAUAUUUCACUUCUAAGAUCCAUCAUUAAAGACAUUGAAGAUGUUGCAAGAAUACCCUCUAUGGGGGUGGGAGCUAAUCAGAACUGCGCUGCAAAUCCUGGAGGCGGUCACCCUCAAAUUGUAGAAGGGGCAUAUGCUUGGGGAUUUGACAUCAAAAGCUGGAAGUGCAACUUAAAUCCACUGACAUGGCCAGAAAUAUUGCGGCAAUUUUCUGUAUCAGCAGGAUUUGGACCGCAACUGAAGAAGAGGGAUGUUGAACCAGCUUAUCUUCAUGAGGACAAUGAGGGUAAUGAUGUCAAGGAUAUAAUUUCCAAUUUACGCAGUGGAGUAGCUGUAAAAAAUGCCUUCGCUAUUAUGCAAGAAAGGGGUUUUUCUAACCCUCGCAAAUCAAGGCAUUGCUUGACUCCUGGAACUGUUAAGUUCGCAGCAUUUCAUGUUCUUUCUCUUGAGGGGAGCAAGGGCCUUAACAUAUUAGAAGUUGCAGACAGGAUUCAGAAAUCAGGACUUCGGGAUCUCACAACAAGCAAGACACCAGAAGCCUCGAUAGCUGCUGCUUUGUCUAGGGACUCAAAACUAUUUGAGAGAACUGCUCCUUCUACUUACUGUGUACGCGCUCCCUACAGAAAGGACACAAGUGAUUCCGAGGCAGUACUUUCUGCAGCCAGAGAAAGAAUUCAAAUAUUCAAUAGUAGGAUUUUUGAUGUUGAAGGAGCUGAUGAAGCUGAAAGAGACGAAGAAUCUGAAAGUGAUGCAGUAGAGGAUCCUGAGUUUGAUGAUUUAGGCACUGAAAUAAAUCCAAAGAUAGUAGCUCAGAAUUCUGAAGAAGCAAGAAAAGUCAGUGACGGAAUAUCUUUGGAAAGUGGAAAAGGAAGUUACGUGGUUAGUAAAGCUCCAGGAGACCUUAGGAAUGUCACAGAAGGAAUUCCUUCAAUCAAUUCUGAAGCGUCCAUCAAGGUUGAAGACACUGGUUGUUCCUUGGAUUCUGUUGACGCUGCAGGAAUCUGCAACAAUGUAGCUAAUCAUGAUCAAGAAGAUACAGAGAUUGAUGAUAGCAACCCUGGUGAGCCAUGGGUUCAAGGACUUACAGAAGGGGAGUACUCUGAUCUUAGUGUUGAGGAGCGCCUCAAUGCACUUGCUGCAUUAAUUGGUGUGGCAAUAGAAGGAAACUCGAUUCGAAUUGUUCUCGAGGAACGUUUAGAAGCUGCAAAUGCUUUAAAGAAGCAAUUGUGGGCAGUGGCGCAAGUUGAUAAACGGCGUCUAAAAGAAGAACAUGUCAUCAAAAUGCAAUAUACCCCUUUCAUUGGGAACAAGACUGAGCAGAGCCUGACAAUUCCUUCUUCAGAAAAUAGGCAAAGUCCAUCUCCUACCGUUGAUGAGAAAAACAUUGAGACGACGGUGAAGCUUUCCGUCCUGCAAGAGCAGAUGGUUGAUCCACAAAAUGAGCAAAAUUAUAUCAACAGUUUUCCUUCUGUAGGAAACCUCCAAAUGCAGGAGUACUCUGUUGGUCCAGACAAUCACCCAUUUCAGCAACCCGGUCUUAUUGCUGAUAAGUCACACAAACAAUUAAAAUCUUAUAUUGGUCACAAAGCAGAGGAGAUGUAUGUUUAUCGAUCAUUGCCUCUUGGUCAGGAUCGUAGGCAUAAUAGAUACUGGCAGUUUAUUACAUCUGCCUCUCGAAAUGAUCCUGGUUGUGGCAGGAUCUUUGUUGAGCUGCAUGACGGUCGUUGGAGGCUUAUUGAUUCUGAAGAGGGCUUUGAUGGUCUUUUGGCAUCUUUGGAUGUGCGUGGGUAUAGGGAAUCCCAUUUGCAGACAAUGUUGCAGAAGACUGAAAUAUUCUUCAAGGAAACUGUUAGAAGAAACAAGUUGCAUUCUAACCGGGGGAGGCAUAUCAAAGACACUGCUAAAACAGAAGAUGUUGAAAUGCCUUCUGGUUAUGAUUGCAGUGGUGGUACAGAUAGCCCUACCAGCUCUGUUUCUGUUGCUGACUCCGAUAUGUUGGAGAGCUCAAUGACUUUUUCAAUUGAGCUAGGAAAGAACGAAACUGAGAAAACUGGUGCUUUAAACAGAUAUCAAGAUCUGGAGAGGUGGAUUUUGAAAGAAAGUGUUGGUUCUUCAAUAUUAUGUGCUGACAAAAAUGGGAAAAAAAGGUGUCCCCAGCUACUGGACAUCUGUAAUUCUUGUCGUGGAAUUUUUUAUUUUGAAGAGAAUCACUGUCAUUCUUGCCAUAGAACUUUUGGUAAGGGCGAAAUAGAUUUUUCACAACAUGUGGUACUGUGUAAAGAGAAACUGAAGUUGAAUUCUGAUUGUAAUUUACGUGGCUUGAGUUCUUCUCCCCUUAGGAUCAGGUUGCUGAAGGUGCUAUUAGCUUUGACUGAGGUUUCUGUUCCAUUAGAAGCUCUUCAACCUCUUUGGACCGACAUGAACCGUAAAUCUUGGGGUAGAAAGUUGCAUUCCUCGUCAACAGCUGAAGACCUUCUCCAGGUUCUGGCAUCGUUGGAGAGUGCUGUAAAGAUAGAAUAUUUAUCUUCAAACUUUGAGACUACCGGUGAGCUGCUAUAUUCCUCAAAUGAAAAAGGACGUGUUACUAGCAAUUCUUCUUCUCCUGAUAGCGUUGCUGUGCUUCCAUGGAUACCACUUACAACAGCUGCUGUGGCUCUUAGGCUCAUGGAGUUUGAUACGGCCAUCUCAAACAUGCUACAGCAGAAGCUGGCGACUCAGAAGGACAAGGAAUCUGGGGAUUUUAAAAAGCUUCCAACAAGAUCUGCUGUCAUGAAAAGUUCCAAGAAUGAGGAGAUCUCAGGAACUCCACAUCAAUCUGAAGAUUCCAAAGAAGGCAACUGGGAGUAUCUGGGGAGUGGACUUACCGGCUCUGGCCAUGGACAAGGCCGUGGUCGAACUCGUGGUAGGCGAGUGCCAAAAAAGGCAAUUGGUUUAAGGGGCAAUCCUAGGAAGAAGAGUAGAGUUACAGCCAAAGAUAAAUUAGUACAGGUGCAAGUACUGAAAUGGAAAGGCAGACCACGUGGACGAGGAGGGCGAAAGCGUGGAAAUCGGAGCAUUAGAGGCAAGGAGACAACGUUUAACAGGAUAAUUAAGAUUGGUGGGGAGAGAACUGGCCCCAAAGACAGUGUCUAUUAUAAAUCACCAGAGGACUUGGUUGAGGAGAAUUGGAACGUAGGUGAAACUGCGGCAGAAAAUGCAAGCGGUUCUGGAAGGUCAGAGUAUGAGGUGGAAAAUGGGGAUGCAUCAGGAGAUGAAUUUGAUCAUGUGCAUGUGGAUGACUAUGCCGGUGGCUUCAAUGGCAAGUCUGAUGACUUAUUGGAGGGAGGCGAAUAUAACGUGGAGGGUGACGAAGAUGAUGUCGACGAUGAGGUGGAUGACGAUGAAGGUGAAGGAGCACAAGAUUCAAAAGGGGAUUUUGAUGGUGCAAGAUAUUAUCAAUGGAGAGUGGGAUGAAGAGGAACACAUAGCUGAUGAUGGACAGCAAGACAUGGAACUUGGUGAAGGUACCAGAUCUUCGUCUUCAGACUAUAGUGACUAAACUGACAUGAAACUUGUAGAAAGAAUUCUUAAAUUAAUUUUUGGUUAAAGGCUUCCCUGUAGUCCAACUAUGUAUUGGUAGGGCAGAUUGCUCCUCCUUGUUCAUUAACUUAAAUGAUCAAGUGGGUUAACUAGGGUACUCUACUAAUGCAAUAGUAUGCAUCUUAAGCGAACUUCGGUCAUAAUUUUUUAUCUGUAGAAAAGAUGAACCAAGUCAAACAGAGUUUAGGCGUCAAACUGUUAUCAAACAGAUCAAACCAGAUGAUUGGACUUCAUUUUUUCUGUUUUUUAGUUGAAAUAAAAUUACAAUGAAGGUCAGAUCAGUUA